GAAAAGAGUUCCCUCAAGGCUGAGCAGGAGCGUCUUCAAGGACACCUGCGAGCAAUACGUGAGUCCCUAACCAACAAGCAUGCAAAGGGGAUGGUCGGUGGCGACCGUCUAAGAUUCCACUUGGCCGCAGUCGGUCUCAGUGGGGGCGUGUGCACCUGCGAUCUGCAUGACAGCUCACCUACUGAUCAGAAGAAGAAUGCCACCCACAGAGAGGAGGGAAAGUCCUUGAUGGAUGGCCAGGGAGUGGGUCAACCUGCGUCGCAGGAGAACGGAAGGAGGGGCGGUGUUUGCAGUCUGAAAGCCUCACUGGAGAAACUCAAAAGAACCACACCAACGAGAGGCUGUCCUGUCGUGAGGGCCCUUCAGAACUCAUUGGAGAAGGGGAUUGAGCCCACUCCUGGAUUUGCCAAUUCUGGGGAGAAUACUGAGGAUCCUGAAACCCAUCUGCGAAAGUCAGGAGUGUGUGAUGUCAGAGUCCCAGGUGACGCUACCAUAAACAGUGACGUGGAUGUUGCAGGGAAGAAGAGCGUGAUGGGAUGUGCAGAGUCCAAAGUAGUAUGUGAAAGCCAUGAUGGGCAAGAAAUAGAAGUACAGAGCAAGGCUGUGACAAAAUGUGGUUCUAUGCACGGAGUGGUCAGAGGCCUCCAUCUGACAGAUGCUGUUCAUGAUAGUCAUCAUACAGUGGAGGAAGAUGCACGCAGAGAUGGUCAGAUAUCGGCUAUCCGUCCACAAGGACAUAAUACAUGGCACAAGAUUGUGGAGGGUGAAAGCAGAAUGAGAAGAAGGGACAUGCAUCCUUUGCUGAGCCGAUUGGAUUAUGCGAUUAGACAAACAGUGCAAGUCCAAGCAAUGGACCUCAGGAUGGGCAUAGGUUCGAAGGAGCAGAGUGAUGGAGAAGUCCGAACGAGCAGCGAUUGUGUAACAGCUGGUCAUGCCAAGAAUACUGAGAAUGACGGUGAAGGGACAUUUGGAGCACACGUGACUGCCUCGGACAAUGACAGGCAUACAGAGUUAACAGAACCAGGUCCACUCUCUGGAGCAGUGAGAAUGGGAAAACCAGUUUCCGAACCAGGUCCAAUGUUUGGUUCAGUGCUGGGAAAACCAGGUUCUGAACCAGGAUAUGGUCCUUUACAAGCUUCUUCACUCGGCGAUCCAGCUCCGAGUAAUAAGAGGGAUUGCUUGUUGGCGUGCUCUGAUGGAUCCGGACCAGAUAAGGAAGGAGUGGACCCUGAGCCAAGCUGCAAAGUCCGUGAAUGCAUCUCAAAUCAAGAGAUCGUGAAGACUACAGGUGCACAGGAGGCUCUAGUAGGUUCAAAGCUUCUGCUUGUACAGCGGGAUCGGGUGCCUCAAGACCUGGGACCACUUGACCUUAGAGAGAACCACUCCAUUCCCAUGGCACCAGACACAUGUAGCUCAACAGCCCCUAAGAAACUAGCAGAGCAUGCUCUGAGUGCGGAUUCGGCAGCUUUGGGGGAAGAAGCUGCAGAUGGGGUGGCUGCGGAAUUAUCAUCCCUACGCUCUGCAUUGGAGUUGCUAGCGAAUCGAGUGGGAGGUCUGGAACAAUCGGAGAAAGGACCCCGAAUUGAUGACGUACAAAUGGCGAGAGCAGAAAGCACUGAACAGGAAUGCCUCAUAGGACAGAUGUCCAAUAUGGAAAGGGUAAGGCUCCAAGAAUCAUCUUUGGAUAUUUGGUCUGGCUGCUCCUUCAGUUUCACUUUGAAGCAGGAUGUUAUUGUGUCCAUCUGAUUCAAGCAGGACUCCAAUUCAUGGUCUGUUUAUCAACAGUUACAUGCUGUGGAGCGAUCUGCCACAUGGGCUGGGGGGCUUUAGCUUUUUCCUGAGACUACAGCAGCAGUGUGUGAGGAUUAGGACUUUGACAGUUAGAAGAGAAUUUGAAACCUGACAAUCUGUGUCUCAGCAUGAGAACCCAGAUGCAGAAUACACCAUCAGGCAGGAAUGUGUCACUCAUGCAACCAAGAUGAAGCAAAUGAACUGUUGCACAAUAU